AUGAGCCAACUGGCCUCCUCCGUCAGCAGCUUGGAGUCUAAAGGUGAGUUUCCCUCCCAAACUAUUAUUAAUUCUAAACAAAACGGUAACGCUAUUACCUUGUAUAGUGGGAAAGAGCUACAACUCGAAAAUAGCACUAGGCGUGGGCAUGAACAGCAGGACAAAAUAAAGGCUGCACUCGAAAUUCUUCUGAAAAAAGCUAAAAAAUCCAACCAAGUCAGCAAGGAAAGUCCCAAGAUGUUUGUGCCCAAACCUCCCUUCCCGGAGAGAUUUGCCAAGUCCAAAGAGGAGGAAGAGGAAAAGGAGAUUCUUGAAACUUUACUCAAAGUUGAGAUUAUAAUAGAAAAAGCAAUAUGUAAUUUGGGUGCUUCUAUCAAUAUUAUGCCUCUUAUCAUUUAUGAAUCUUUGGAUGUUAGCCCAUUGAAAGAAAUGGGGGUCGUUCUUCAACUUGCCAAUCAUUCCGUAGUUUACCCUGAAGGAGUUCUUGAGGAUGUACUUGUGCAAGUUAAUGAAUUGGUUUUUCCUACUGACUUUUAUGUGCUUGAUAUGAGGGGGCAUAUUUCUCCCAAUUCUACAUCCAUCUUUCUAGGAAGACGAUUCCUUGAAACCUCAAAAAUCAAAAUUGAUGUUGAUGCCGGAAUUCUCUCUAUGGAAUUUGAUAAGGAGGUCAUGGUGAACAUGCAUCACCCUACAGUUAGGCGUGCCCACGCCUAA